AUGAGAAGUUCAGAUAGAAUAAAACUUUUGAUUGAUCCAGGUACUUGGAAUCCUAUGGAUGAAGACAUGGUUUCUUUGGAUCCCAUUAAAUUUGAUUCGAUUGAAAAAAUUCCAAUUCUUCAAUGGGAUCCCAUUGCAUUCGACUUGAUUUUCGUGGAUCCUCCCGAGGAAGAGGAAGAGGAAGAAGAUCAACCUUAUAUCGAUCGUCUUGAUUCUUAUCAAGAAAAGACAGGAUUACCAGAAGCGGUUCAAACAGGCAUAGGUCAACUAAAUGGUAUUCCUUUAGCAAUAGCUGUUAUGGAUUCUGAGUUUAUCGCGGGUAGUAUGGGAUCCGUAGUGGGUGAGAAAAUAACUCGGUUGAUCGAAUAUGCUACCAAUCAACUUUUACCUCUAAUUAUAGUCUGUGCUUCCGGAGGAGCGCGUAUGCAAGAAGGAAGUUUGAGCUUAAUGCAAAUGGCUAAAAUUUCUUCUGCAUUAUAUAAUUAUCAAAUAAAUAAAAAGUUAUUCUAUGUAGCGAUACUUACAUCUCCGACUACUGGUGGGGUAACCGCUAGUUUUGCGAUGUUGGGGGAUAUCGUUAUUGCGGAACCAAACGCAACCAUUGCAUUUGCGAGUAAAAGAGUGAUUGAACAAUUGUUGAAUGUGGAAGUGCCUGAAGGUUCCCAAUCGGCGGACCUUUUAUUCGACAAGGGAGUAUUGGAUUCAGUCGUACCACGUCAUUUUUUAAAGCAGUUUUUAACGGAGUUAUUUCAGUUCCAUGGUUUCAUUCCUUUGACUAAAAAUUUGAAGAUUGAAUAA